UUGUUCUUGUUGACUGUGAGAUGCCAAGACUCAGUUCUGGAAAAGGGGUCACUCCUGAAUCCAGCCUUGGCAUUAUGACAACCAUCCCUCCAGCAACCGCACUUCCAUGCCAGGAAUGAUUAUUUAUGUGAAUUCUGUGACUUUAAGUGUUUGCCCGUCAAUAAAGAUAGUUUUUUUUUUUGGAGACAUCAAAGAAAUGACUGAUGAGUCAAGUUGUUAGAGGUUGAUACCCACGUUGAAAGAGUGCUGGUAGGAUGACUCUGUAUCUCUCAGUUCUCUUUCGAUCCGGACUUGUCAGAAACACAUAUGUGAGACUAACUAAUGAGCAGACUUCACCAUGGCUUUGAAAUAGUAGCGCACAAUAAGGAGUUGGUUGAACAUUGUGUGCUUCAAUUCGAGUUAUAUAUUGACAGACAGAGCAUUGGCUUGAGAACCAGAACUCAAACAACAUUAACCGGAGAAGAUGCUCGUGAAAAGGCCAUUUUUACUGUAUUUGGAGCCUGAUGAUGUUGAGUAACAGUUCUUUGGAGAGAGGUCAGAGCACUCACUAGAUAUCUUGAAGCACACACGCCUUCUUUGCAGUGAUGCUGACUGGCAGGCAUGCGCGUGCAUGUCCAGAACCCAAAGAACCCUACCGUUCUGUCCAACAGCAAUCAGCCCUUACCGUCGCUGCUACUAAUGUUGCUCCUUGACAUCCAUUUUGACCUUUCGAAGGCGGUGAAACGCUUGGACCAACUUGAUACCUGCUUUGAGCCAGGAGGGUACUCACGAAGACCGACUGCAGUCGUGCACACUCUGGUGGCCUUGGAAAAUUGAAAAUUCCCUCCUGUCUGACCUCUCUUCUUGCUCUCUCUCUUUCGACCUUCUGAGUUGAACCCAUGACACCAACAUCAACAGUCACAGUAAACCACCAAGUGACAAACAUGUCAAAACGUAAGUCGUGAUCAUCGGGAUGACUUGACUGUGUCUCGGAUGAACCGACUAACCACAGAUGUAAGCAGAACCAAACUGCAAUGACGAGGAGGAGGAGGUGACUCUGCAAGAGACAGCUGGGAUGAUCGACCAGUUCGAGCACAUGCUUGGUGACAUUGGAAGUAAGUGAUAUCCUCGUCAACACUCUUCAAUUCAAAGGGGCUAUGGCUGACCUCAAAUGAUUGUGAAGGGGGUGGCGACUUUCCGAUGACCAGAGCUCGUGCUGCUUGGGGUCCUUCGACCACUGCUCCAACUGGCAAGUAACGAUGUUGAUUGAUCUUUUUUGUCUUGGUCCUCUUACCUUUGCUCUGAACCUGGGGUUUCUCAAACCCAGCUCUGACCAAACACGGCUGAUUCAGAAAGUUAGCUAACCUCUAUCAGAGCCAGCCUUACCUGCCCGUCCUCGAGGGAUCACCCUCGAACAGCCCUCGCCCCCACCAGCGUUCCCUCUGCCGCUGGUGCCACGCCUGCCCGUCCGGGCCCGAAGCCAAACGCCGGCGACCGCCAGCAGCCGGCCUGAGCUCCCGCUGCCGCGUUCUCCGCUCGGUGCUGUCGAGCCAAUCGUGGCAUCCGACGCGGAGACGAAGCCAGGGCCAGAAGCCACCGGAAGCCCUGGUGAGGCAGCGAGCACACACGUAGGCCUGGGAUAUACUCUCUCUUUCCCACCAAAAGCAACAGAUUUGCCGUCACCAUGACGGCUUCAUCAACCGCCAGCCCUUUGCAGGGCAAAGCACUCUCGUCGUUGCCGUCCCUGGGCUCGCAGCCCAGGGAGAAUCUUGCGCCUCCGGGCCGGCCCUCUUUGGAGGAACGGUCGCUGUCGGCUGCGUCGGUUGCCUCUGCUGCGCCCUCUUCUGCGUCAGUUUCUGCCGGGGAAGAGUCUCUGCCUCGUCCUGGCCACAAUUGGGCGAACCCCAACCGCCGUGCUGCCCGGGGCUCUGUCCUCGGUGGAGCUGUCUCUGGCGUUGUCGUCGGCUCGCGCCCUCGACCUUCCCUCUCUGGUGGUGUGCUUGCGGUUCCGUAUCUGCCGUUCUCGCUCCCGCCUGUGCUGCCGGGCCCCGUCUCGCCGCCCGCGCCCACUCGACCCGCGCCACCGGUCCCUCCCUCCCGGCCGCCUCCUGCCGUUCCCUCGUCGCCGGCCAUCCCGGCCCGGAACCCUGCCCGUCUGGGACCAGCUUCGCCCGCGCCCUCCGGCUCUGCCUGAGAUGACAAGAAGACCCAUGGGGUGAAGAAGGAGGAGAAGUGAGAAGGAGAGAAGGAUCCUUCCCUGUAUCUUAUUUGUAUUUUUACAACGAUAUGGAGUUCGUGGAGUUUGGGAAGGGGUGGAGGAAGAUACCCAAGGGACACAAUGGAAGACAUUGCCUG